UUCUUGAUUCCCAUAGAAACAUGAGGGUGAGAGACAACAUGAAGUAUCAUCUUCUGUUGGCUAUCAUUGGAACCUUUGCCGUUAUAGUUGGAGCCCAGACGCAAGAAGGAUUUAUAAGUCUGGACUGCGGAUUACCUCUUGAUGAAUCUCCUUACAAUAAUUCGUUUAAUGGAUUAACAUUCUCAUCGGAUUCCAAUUUCAUCCAGACAGGAAAAAUUGGUAAAGUCGAUAAAGAUGUCUUCAAAAGAUUCGCGAAACAAUAUGGGACUAUGAGAUACUUUCCAGAAGGAAAACGUAAUUGUUCACUGGCGCUGUUUUUCCGGGAAUAUUAUAGCACUUCCAUUGAGCAAAUAAGGUAUGCUGAUGAUGUCUAUGAUCGUGUUUGGUAUCCAUUUUUCGACUCUUCGUAUAAAUACCAGAGUUAUCAAAAAAAAAACAACUCAGACACAUAUAAGGUACCAAAAACUGCACUCAUGAGUGCUGCCACGCCUAAAAAUGCCAGUGAGCCACUGCUCGUCACCUGGACACCCAAACCCUACAAUGCUGAAGUGUACUUGUACAUGCACUUCGCGGAGAUUGAAGCCCUGGAAGCCAAUCAGACGAGGGAAUUCGAUGUUAUCUUGAAAGGAAACUUUAACCAUUCAGGUUUUAGUCCACCCAAGUUGGAGCUAUAUACAUUAUACACUGCUGGAGCAGUGCAAUGUGAUUCAGAAGGUUGCAAUUAACAGCUAGUAAAAAAUCUGAAUUCUGUGAACUGCAUCUUCAAUCUCCCCCUUCCACCUCUUAUUAACGCUAUUGAGGUUUACACUGUUAUUGAAUUCCCACAAGUGGAAACAAGCCAAAAUGAUGUUGCCGCUAUCAAGAACAUCCAAGCUACUUAUCAACUACGUAAAAUCAGUUGGCAAGGAGAUCCAUGUCUCCCUCGAGAUUUUUCCUGGGAAAAUCUUGGAUGCAAUUACACAGAUGCAUCUACUCCACCAAGAAUCACUUCUUUAGAUUUGUCAAAAAGUAGAUUAACUGGGAGCAUUACCCCAAUUUUACAGAAUCUGACGCAAUUACAAGAACUUGACUUAUCAAAUAAUAGCUUGACUGGACCAAUACCUACCUUCCUUGCCAACAUGAAAUCGUUAUCCUUACUAAACUUAAUCGAGAACAAUCUCACCGGUUCAGUUCCUCAAGCACUUCUCGAUAGAAAAAAGGAAGGACUUGUGUUAAAACUUGAAGGAAAUCUAAAUUUGUGUACGCUUAGUUCAUGCAAACCAAAGGAGAAAACUAAAUUCUUACUACCGACUAUUGCAUCAGCUGCCUCUCUUGUUGUAGUGGUGGUUGUGGCUUUUAUUUUUGUUUUCCUAAAGAAGAAAGUGCCUUUAGAUUUAAACACAUUACCAAGUACGGCCACAGUGGAUGGUAGGCAUGCUAGUCAGUCAGAAUCAUCAUUCCUAUCGAAAAAGAUUAGGUUUACUUAUACUGAGGUUCAAGCGAUGACAAAUAACUUAGAAAGGGCUCUCGGGGAAGGAGGGUUUGGAGUCGUUUAUCAUGGUUGUGUUAAUGGUAACCAACAGGUGGCUGUUAAAUUGCUAUCUCAAUCAUCAUCUCAAGGCUAUAAGCAUUUCAAGGCAGAGGUGGAACUGCUUAUGAGAGUUCACCACAUAAAUUUGGUGAGUCUUGUUGGAUACUGUGAUGAAGGAGAAAACUUGGCCCUUAUCUACGAGUACAUGCCAAAUGGAGACUUAAAGCAACAGUUGUCAGGAAAGCGUGGGAGAUUCAGUCUGAGCUGGGAAAAUAGACUAAGAAUAGCCGUGGAUGCAGCACUAGGCUUGGAGUACUUACACAUAGGAUGCAAACCACCAAUCGUUCAUAGAGAUAUUAAAUCUACAAACAUACUUCUGGACCAAAAUUUUCAAGCCAAACUAGCCGAUUUUGGGCUUUCGAGAUCAUUUCCCACUGGAAAUGAAACACAUGUUUCAACCUUUGUUGCUGGAACUCCUGGAUAUCUUGAUCCUGAGUAUUAUCAGACAAAUUGGUUGACAGAAAAGAGUGAUAUAUACAGUUUCGGAAUUGUGUUAUUGGAGCUCAUUUCAAACCGUCCUAUAAUUCAACCAUCCCGUGAAAAGCCUCACUUAGUAGAUUGGAUCAGCUUUAUGAUUACAAAUGGAGAUAUUACAAACAUUGUGGACCCACAACUCCACCAAAAUUAUGAUAUUGGUUCCGUCUGGAAGGCCAUUGAAAUAGCAAUGUCAUGUGUCAGUCCUUCUUCUACAGGAAGGCCAAACAUGUCUCGAGUUGCUAAUGAUCUAAAAGAAUGUUUGAUGUCUGAAAAGUCGAGGGUAGGAGAGAGUCAGGACAUGGAAUCACAAAGUUCUAUGUACAAUAGCAGGGACAUUACCGAGGUGAGCCCUAAAGCUCGCUAG